UUCUCUAUAUAAAGCAGAGCGCCAAGAGUGGAGGCAGGUGAGACACGUUAUCAUCAUCCUUAAACGGGCAUCACCACCAUGGUCGCCUACGUCACUGUUAUGCUACUGGUUCUGGCAGUGUCAGCGCUGGGCUGGGAAAACCUGCCCGCAAUCCCAGCGGGUCGUCGCGCAGAGUACUACCUGUUGGAAGACGACGGCGCCUACAGGUUCGGGUACGACACGGGGGAAGGCCAAAGCGCGGUAGUAAGUGCCGACCAGAGCAAUCAGGUGCAGGGCCAGUACUCCUACGUGGACAACGGAGGGAAGAGGGUCAGAGUCGCAUACACGGCCGGUGACUCCGGGUUCCUGCCCCGGCAGGGAGGGGGACAGACGGUGGCUGGUAGAGCGGGGUUCGCAGGUUCCGGGAACAAUGUAGCAAGUUUCAAGACGCCCGUCACGAGUGGUGGCUUUGCCUCCGACGGUGGCCAGGGUGACGACAACUACGACGCCAAUGCAGAUGCCUCCUACUCCUUCUCCAUCGACACUGACAACUACAAACGUACUGAGUCCUCCGACGUUAAAGGAAACAUCCGUGGUCAGUACUCCUACAGCAGCCAGGUUGGUGGGAGCCACGGUUUGAGCUACAUCGCAGGCGAAGGCACCGGCUUCGUCGUUACCGGCAGCGACAGUGGUGCAGGAACCGGUGCUGUCUCUGCCACAACAUAUGCUCCUCUCGCAUCGUCAUCCUACUCUGGAGGGAAAGCUGCUGAUACCACAAGUAAACUUAACAACGACGGGUCUUACUCGUUCUUCUUCAACACGAAUGAUCAAUCCCGGGAAGAAUCAGCCGAUUCCCAGAACAACGUGAGAGGCAGUUACUCGUUCAAAGCAAAGGACGACGGGCAGACUCGACGUGUAGACUAUACAGCAGGUUCAGCAACCGGCUUUGUCGCCACAGGAAAGCACCUUCCGGUCCCUUUGGUGCCGGCAAGUACAGCGUCAUUGGGAUAUUCGUCUCGCGGCCAGUCAAGUCUUCAGUCUUUUGGCCAAACAGGCCCUUCGUCUUAUUCGUCUGCCCCCGGUAGCAGUGAGGCACUAGGCGGCAUUGGUUCUGACGGUUCGUAUUCAUUUUCAUAUAAUACUGGCGACAGUUCCAGGCAGGAAUCUGCUGAUACCCAAAACAACGUACGCGGAAGUUUCUCUUUUAAGGCCAAGGAUGAUGGACAAACACGAAAGGUUGACUAUGAAGCAGGCGCGGCUACAGGAUUUAUAGCUAAGGGUUCACACCUUCCAGUUGCACCCGAUCCGCUAUCAUCUUCAGCUGGAAGCUUCACGGAAGGCUUCAGUUCACAGUCUUCAGUUGCUAGCCCUUACACUGGCUCCUCAUCAAGUUCCGAAGGAGAAGAAGCACCAUCUGGUGAUGCGUCUUAUUCAUUCUCUUAUAAUACAGGCGACCAAUCUAGACAAGAAAUUUCUGAUGCACAAGGUAAUGUCAAAGGUCAAUUCUCAUUCGUAGCAAAGGAUGGAAUCCAAAGGAAAGUGGACUACACUGCAGGAGUUGGAAAAGGAUUCAUAGCUGAAGUUCUUCCUUCAGGCGCACCAACGCCAUUAGGUCCUUUCUCCAAGACGCCAGUAACAUCCUACUCAUCAGAAGCUGGAAGUCGAACACCAGUUGGACUUCAGAACGAUGGCUCUUACUCUUUCUCAUACAACGCUGGUGACCACAGUCGCCAAGAAUCAGCUGAUGCUCAGAAUAAUGUUCAAGGAACCUACUCCUUUACGGCUAAGAAUGACGGUCAGACCAGGCGCGUAGACUACGAGGCAGGUGCUGCAACUGGCUUCAUAGCUAAAGGAGCUCACCUGCCUGUGGCUCCAUCUCCUUCUGGAAUCCUAAGUGGUUACUCCUCUUCCCCCUCACAGUCCUCUGCCAGCUCUUACUCCGCCAGUGUCGAUGCUCCCGUUUCCUCUACAGGAACACAAAGUGACGGGUCCUACUCCUUCUCCUAUAAGACCGCAGAUCAAAGUCGCCAAGAAUCAGGUGACGCUCAAAACAACGUGCAUGGCAGCUUCGCGUUGAAAACAAAGGAUGAUGGUCAAACACGCCGUGUGGACUACGAAGCGGGAGCAGCUACUGGUUUCGUUGCUAAGGGCGCACACAUUUCAGCGAGUCCAUUAGCACCUUUCUCAGCGCCAGAUGCUACAAGACUAGUUUUGUCAUAUAACCAACCAUUAGCUUCAAGCCCAUACUCCGGUUCUGGCAUUGCGGCGAUACCAGAGUCUUCUGACGGCUCGUAUUCCUUCUCGUUCAACGCUGGAGAUCAUUCUCGUGAAGAAUCAUCAGACGCUCAGGGCAAUACACGAGGAAGAUAUUCGUUUACCAGUAAAGAUGAUGGUAAAACACGGGAAGUAGUUUAUGAAGCCGGUGCUGGGAAAGGAUUCAUUGCGAAAGGGGCUCAUAUACCAGCAUCAGGCUCCAUUGAUUCAGCAACUGGUGCCUUUGGUUACCAGGCAUCAUCAACACAAGGUCUCACUGGUUCAAGAAGCAGUGCUAUUGGUUAUCAGGUGUCGCCAGUUUUCCAAGGAAUCGCAGUAGAUAGGUCCCAAGACGGCCAGAGCAGUGGAGACGCAUCUUAUUCCUACGAGUACGAGACCGACAGCAGUAGGAAACAAGAGAGCUCAGACCCACAGGGAAAUGUUGUGGGAAGCUUCUCCUACUUAGGAGGCGAUGGCGUUAGCAGGAGGGUCCAUUACACGUCGAGGGAUAAUGAGGGCUUUGUAGUUUCAGGUGAACACGUUCCAGAACCUGUGAGUGCUGGCAGAACUGGAGCAGAGUCAGGAUUUGGUGCAUCCAACGUUCAGACUGCAAGUCCCAGAUCCUCACACAUCAAAUCACAGGAUGUGAGCACGGCCAGUUUUAAUCUUCAAAAAUACUUGCCUCCGCAGAGUCCAAGAAAGUUUGGUUACAUCUUCGAUACAAAAGUCUGAGGUUGCAACUUUGUCACUGCUGCUGAGAUAAAUGUUAAACGUGCCAAUAUACCUUGUGUUCAACGACGGAAUAUUUUAAUAUCACUACAGAGAUUUUACAAUUUCAAAUGUAAAUGUUGUUAGUUGUAAUUAUAAGGUACUGAUUAUCCAAAUUACUUCGUGGGAGGAGUAACAUUAUCUUACGUAGUGAAAGUUAAACAACCAAAAUAAUGCUAUGAUUGCGUGUACGGAAGAACAACAGCACAGACAAUUACAUGUCAUGGAAAAGUAUUAUUACAAAAAGGAGUAAAUUGAACUUGCAUGAAGCUCGUAAUUCAACGGAAAUAUCACUGCCUAAUUUCACUGCCACAAGUAAAUUACUUUCAAUCUCGAUAUCCAACCAACUGCCAAAUGAACAGCUGUUCUCGUAUGAUGCAUCUAUUCGAAAUCGAUCUGCAUAUUAAACUACAACGCUCGCGUCUAAAAAUGCAAUAGAACUAAUGAUAAAAUUAGCAUAUGGUUUAUUUUAAUUUAGGGUAUUCUGAUUAAAAGACAUUGACAUGCUG